AGAGCGCGCGCUGCGAUUGUGGUAUUAGCGCAAGACAGCGACUGCGAUGGCGUGCUGCGGAGCAUGGCGCACAUGGAGGCCCGCUUCAACGCCAAGUUUGGCUACCCCUAUGUCUUCCUCAACAACGAGCCCUUUGGCGCAGACUUCAUCAACAGGACAUCGGCAGCCACGGCGGCGCGAACGCUGCACGGUGAAAUCCCCCCAGCGCAUUGGGGCUACCCUGCCUUUGUCGACCCCGCGGCGGCUGCGGCGGCGCGGCGGGAGAUGCGGCGGCGAGGGGUCCUGUACGGGGACAGGGAAUCGUACCACCACAUCGGCUUCUUUCAUUUUCAUCCGCUGCUGCGCGAGUUUGAUUUCUACUGGCGCAUGGAGCCGGAUGUGCACUACUACUGCGACCUGGACUAUGACCCCUUCCUCUACAUGCAGGAAAAGAGCAUCAAAUACGGCUUUGUGAUCACAAUAGAGGAGCUGGCUGCCACAAUUCCUUCCCUCUGGGCCACAACACAGGCCUUCAUCGACGCGCACCCCGGCUCAAUUCCAGCCGCAAACCUGCUAGACUUUGUGCGUGCCCCAAACGGCGAGUACAAUCUUUGCCAUUUCUGGUCCAAUUUUGAGCUAGGAGACCUGAAUUUCUUCCGGUCCAAGGUCUACAUGAGCUACUUUGACUACCUUGACAGGACCGGUGGCUUUUUCUUUGAGCGGUGGGGGGAUGCGCCAGUGCACUCCCUGGCGGCGGCCAUGUUCCUGAACAGCACAGAGGUGCAUUUUUUCCAGGACAUCGGGUACCGCCACAACAGCUACAAGCACUGCCCGGCCGUGCGGCGCAACAACUGCGCAUGCGAUGCAGUGGAGGCAGUCGCAUUCCACAGCCCCUCCUUUGGAGUCUGCCACCGGCGCUGGGAGGACUUCCUGGCCAAGGAGGCAGCCGCCCGACCGCCCAACAGCACAGAUCUGAAGCGGAGCCAGCCGCGAAUUCCAGUGUGGCGAUCGGGAUAA